AUGAAAGGGAAAUUGUUGGCGAUGUAUGACAACUCCAUGGGCAAUUUCAACUCUCUAGCCGGCUUACCCUCGGCCAUCAAGGAUCAUGACUGGACAAUCCACUCGGUUUUUCUUUUGGCAGGUGCUGUCUUGUUCAUCUGGUACACCGUCUCAACAGUUAGAGCGUACUGGCGGCUACGAGAAUUCCAAGGCCCACCGCUCGCGGCAUUCACCAACCUUUGGUACGCAAAGGCAGUCACAACGUACAAACUUCAUCUGAUCCUCGGGGAUGUGUGCACCGAAUACGGUUCCUUGGCCCGCAUCGGGCCCAAUACGUUGCUUACUUGCGAUGUAGAACUGAUCAGAAGGAUUAAUGCGGCUCGGUCAACGUAUCACCGUGGCGACUGGUACAGAGCCUUCAAAUUUGAUGCAGAGCGGGAGAAUCUGCUUUCUGAGCCCGAUGAAGUCAAGCACGUGGAAAUGCGGAAGAAGGUCGCGGCUGGAUACGCCGGCAAAGAUAACCCGACAUUGGAAAGAGACAUGGACGACAUUCUCUGGCAGCUCAUCACCCUCAUCAAGGAUCGGUACAUCAGCAAUGGUAGCAGCCUGAAGAAGUUUGACUUAGCAGCCGCGGCACAGUACUUCACUGGACACUAUUACCUGUUUAGCUUUGGGCCAACCACUAGGUUGGCUCAAAAAUGA